UGUAUUUGUAGUAUAAAUAAAAUUAUGGCACUCUGCCCAAGAGCUUCAUUUUCACUGUGUGGUAGCAAUAUACUGUCGUCUUCCUCUCCUCCUUUCCUCCAUUAAUCUCUCUGUCUAUGGCGGUGCAAAGAUGAAGGAAAAGCUCUGUCGCAGGUGAAUAGUUGCGGGAAUUCUUUGACUUGAACUGGAAUCUCUGUCUUUCUCUCUCUAGAUUUCAGUACAUAAAUGGGUGGGUUCUGAUCUCUGUCUGUGUUCAGAGCGAGGAAGUGUAGUGUUGUACUUGCGACCACAGAUUUCUGUUUAUCUUUUUCCGUGUUUGGGGUUGAUGGUAAGAUGAACAGUACUGGAAAGGAAGAUAGAAAAAUGGUAUGAAGAAAUCGGCGUUAGAGUAAAUUAGCUGCAUUGAUUUUCUCUCUCACACACAACACAUAGUAGAGAAGGCGUUGGAGAAGAGGAAAAAAUGGGAUGUUGGUAUUCGAGAUUAGACAGAGAGGAGAUGGUUUCAAGAUGUAAGGCUAGAAAGAGGUAUAUGAAGCAGUUUGUGGAAGCUCGGCACGCCUUCUCCGCCGCCCACAGCAUGUAUUUGAGGUCACUUCGGAACACUGGCUCGGCCCUUCUUCAGUUCGCCACCGCCGAGACCGAUCUCCACCGCCACCACCUCCCACCGCCGAAUCCGUCUCCACCCCCUCCGUUGCCGAGUACCCCACCACGCCCCAUGAGCCCCACUUCUUGGACGACCACCACCUCUACGACCACUUCCUCUGCUAUCCGGCCACCCCCGCCUCCGCCUCCGCCGCCGCAUGCGUCCGCAUCCACCUGGGAUUUCUGGGACCCUUUCAUGCCAACUGCAGGACGGUCUGUAGAUGAAGAGGAGUGGGAGGAGGAGACCACCACUGCUUCUGAGGUGGCAGCUACCCCCACCAACGGGCCUUCUGUUGUUACCGCCACGGCCACCACCGCCAGCAGUGAGCUUGCCGUGGUGGUCUCCACCAAAAGUAAAGAUCUGGUUGAGAUCAUCCGAGAACUGGAUGAAUACUUCUUGAAAGCUGCCGAUGCUGCUGGUCCACUCUCAUUACUGUUGGAAGUCCCCAUUUGUAAUUUCAAUCGCCAAACAUCAUCAGCUAAGGAUUAUGGAUAUGGGAAGAGUUUGAGUCCAGUAUUAUGGACAUGGGGUUCAGGUAGUGCGAAAUGGAAUGCUUUUGGGAAGUUUUGUGAAGAUCCCAUUGGAAAUAAUGUAGGUUGCCAGGCUGCUGAUGGAAAAGCCACACAUUGUUCGACGGUCGAGAGGUUAUACUCUUGGGAAAAGAAACUCUACUCAGAGGUUAAGAAUGCUGAGCAUUUGAAAUUAGAGCAUGAGAAAAAGGCAGCAAUUCUCAGGAAACUAGAAUUGAAGAAUGCUGAUUAUAUCAAGACUGAGAAGGCAAAAAAAGACGUUGAGAAGUUGGAAUCACAGAUGAUGGUUGCUUUGCAGGCGAUUGAGACUACCUCAUUGGAGAUUAUCAAAUUGAGGGAAUCAGAGCUUUAUCCACAACUUCUCCAGCUUGUAAAGGGGUUGAUGAGCAUGUGGAGAAGCAUGUAUGAAUUCCACCAGGUCCAGACACACAUAGUCCAGCAGCUCAAGUAUCUCAACUGCAUUCCAUCUACAGAUCCUACUUCUGAAAUUCAUCGACAGUCAACACUUCAACUUGAACUUGAAGCUCAGCAAUGGCACCUCUCCUUCUGCAACCUUAUGAAGGCUCAACGGGAUUAUAUUCAGUCAUUGACUGGCUGGCUCCGUCUCAGCCUCUUUCAAGUAGGUAAUAAUCCAAUCAGCAAAACCAAGCAAGACUCCGCCAUUUACUCGUUCUGUGAAGAGUGGCAACUCACAAUCAAUAAUGCUCCUGACAAGGUGGCGUCAGAGGGAAUUAAGAGUUUCCUAUCGAUGAUCCAUGCCAUUGUAGUGCAACAAGCAGAAGAGCAGAAACAAAAGAGGAGGUCAGAAUCAGUGUUUAAGGAGCUCGAGAAGAAGGCGGGUGAGCUUCGAUCCUUGGAGAGCAAACAUGGCCCAUAUUCAAUGCCUGAAGCCUCAGGUGAAACAAAUAAGGAUCCGGUGAGGGAGAAAAGAGCAAAGGUGGAGGCCUUAAGGGCAAGGGCAGAGGAUGAGAAAGCCAAGUACGAAAAAUCAAUCAGUGUGACAAGGGCAAUGACAAUGAACAACUUACAGAUGGGGUUGCCGCACGUUUUCCAGGCGAUGACCGGUUUUGCCAAUGUGUGCACUCAAGCGUUUGAUUCGGUUCACAAUCAGGCCAAAAGUACUGAUGACCUUCACAAUGUGAAAAUGAUAUUACCUUGAACAAGAUACAUUCGGCCACAGGUAGCAAGAGCUGAGAGCAGUACAUAUUUAAAGUUUCAUUUUAACUUCAUGUAUAGAUGCGUCUCCACUUCCUUGGUUUGUUCAGCCUCUACAGGAGCUUGGGAAGUUGGUUAGAAUGCAAUGUGCUGUUACAUUUAGUGCUAAAACGAUUUGCGGCCUGUGUAAGUACUUCUGCUGAUGUAGUUUUGUUUAGGUGACUACAGCUUGAUUGUUAGAUUUCUGUUCCUAGAUUCAGAAGUUUAGAAUCCAGUGUUUUUAACUUUAUUGUACUUUUGUUUUGAAUCCUUAAAGACAUCAUAGGCUAUCUUUGGUUAGAUUUGUGAUUGUUGUU